CUUGAGAGCUCCCAGGCAGUCUGAAAUCCGAUCCUCCGCAGCCGGCUCAGAGGGGAGGACUCUCUCCCUGUUAUUCUGCCUUUUUUUUCCUGCUUCCUGUUUCUGGUAUUGUGCUGGGGAGCGGAUGUGCGCAGCGCCCACAGGUGUGUCUCCUCUCGGCGCUCAGUGCUAGGGAGUCGGCUGGGAAGGACUGUGCGAGGCUGAUAUGGACACAGUGAGGGCCGGGGGGUCGGGGCGCGGAGCCGCACUACAUUUCUCUCAGCGUCUCCAUUAAGUCCGGGAAAGCCGCGGGAAGCGGAGCCUAGCAGGAGACUUGUUGGGAGGAAGGGGACAGAGGACAGAAAGUGCCAAUAUUGACUCAUUAUAAGUAAAAGGCAGACUGUUUAAACAAGGCUGAGAAGUUUUGCGAAUAUAUUUUUGAAAGACACUAAAUAACUACUCUGACCAACAAUGGCUUUAUGGUUUCAAGUUUCCAGCCUAAUUAUCUGCAUCAUAUUGAUGCCACAAGCACAAACAUUUCUCUCUUUCUUUAGUGACACAGAUUUAAACCAUCUUGCUGUUAACAAUGACACUGGCAUUGUUUAUAUUGGAGCUGUAAAUCGCUUGUACCAACUUUCUGCAGAGCUCGAUAUGCAAGUGAAUUUUACCACAGGUCCAAAAUUAGAUAAAAAAUCUUGCACACCACCCAUUGACUCCCAGCAGUGUCCCUCUGCAGAAAUAACAGAUAAUUAUAACAAGCUGCUGCUGCUAGAUAAGCCACAUGAACGGAUUAUUGUAUGUGGUAGCAUUUUUAAAGGAAUUUGCUCGUUAAGGGCUAUGAGCGAUAUUUCUACAGAGCUUUGGUAUAAAGAUAACCUAGGAGAAAAGUCUUUUGUUGCGAGCAAUGAUGAAGUUAUAUCUACUGUUGGAUUGGUCACUAACCAUGGCAAAGAAAAAAGGAGGCUUUUAUUUGUUGGAAAAGGCCAUGUACAAAAUGACAAUGGAAUUAUCAUAAGUACGCGGAUACUGGAAAAGAAAGAAGAUAGAGAUGUUUUUGAAGUGUAUCAAGACUCUGCAACAUUUAAAUCUGUUGAUCAUAUAAAACAUUUCCAGCAAUUUGUAACUGCUUUUGAGAAUGAUGAUUAUGUUUAUUUUGUCUCAACACGAGCAGAUCGAAUUAGUAAUGAAAAUCGGACUUUUAUUUCCCGUCUUUGUAAGGAUGAUUUCAACUACUACUCCUAUAUUGAGAUGCCUCUUGAAUGUAAAAACCAGAGGAAUAAUGAGAGCUACAAUUUCAGCCACUCUGUUUUUGUUACUAAACCGGGCAGUGACUUAGCAGAUAUCAUGAAACUUCCAUCCACUGAAACAACAGUUCUCUUUGGUGUUUUUAGCAGAAAACAAGUUUCAGAUCAAUCUGCUGUCUGUGUGUUUUCACUGUCUGAGAUUAAUAAUAAAUUUGAAGAAAACCGUGAGGCAUGUUACACAAGUAAUAAAGCUGAUCUCAAGACUCUAUUUUUUAAGCCAUAUGGAGGAGAACUGUCCUGUGCAAAUUCACCAUCGGGAGCUGCUAAAAGUUAUCGCUGUGGGUCAGAACACUUGCCCUACCCCUUGGAGUGCAAGGAAGGUGUAUCCAAAAGUUCUGUGUUAAUAAGAGAGAAGAAUCCUUUUAGCUCAGUUGCCAUCGCUGUUGAGAAUGAGCACACCAUUGCAUUUUUGGGGACAGCUGAAGGAAAACUUGUGAAGGCUUUUAUCAGAGACCAAUCAUAUGAGUAUAGGAACCUUUCCUUUGAAACAUCAAGUGCAGUGAAGAAUGGCAUGGUGUUUGAUGCUGAUCAAAAACAUCUGUAUGUAAUGACUAAGAAAAAGGCCUACCGAGUUCCUGUUCAAGAUUGUGCCCGUUCUUCAAAUUGCAAUGAAUGCAUUUCAACAAAUGAUCCUUAUUGUGGUUGGUGUGUUCUUGAAGGAAAAUGCACAAGGAAGGUUGAUUGCCCAAGGAACAAUAACAGUCACUGGUUAUUUAGUCCUUCUGGAACAUGUAUGCAAGUCAAGAGUGCGACGCCAGGGAAUAUGAGUGUCAUGUCACUGCGCAAGGUUACAUUAACUGUGGAACCCUCAAUAUAUUUAUUAUAUAACGAUAAUCUGAUUUGUGACUUUGGAGGAGCGAAAACUACAGCUGAAUUGCAGCAAGAUGGGACAAUCUCUUGCCAACCCCCAAAUCUAAUUCCAUCCCCAGAAAAAGGCAAAGAUAAUGUUAACAUUACAAUCAACCUAAGCUUUCAGAAGAAUGGUGAUGUGUUUUUUGCAAAUUAUUCUUAUCCAUUCUAUAAUUGUAAAGAAGCAAUAAACCUUUCAGAGAAUAUGCCAUGUACAUCCUGUGUUACUAGCAGGUGGAAUUGUCAGUGGGAUAUAAAUAAUCAUAGGUGUGAGGACUCCUCUCAACGGGAUGAUGUUAUUGAGCCUAAUAUGGAAGAAAAUUGUCCACAGUUCUAUGAACCCAAUCCAUCAUUGAUUCCAAUGAAACAUAAAAGUACCAUAACAUUUAAUGGGAAAAAUCUUGAUCAUUAUAAGAAUGGAGAUUUCAGUGCAGGCAAUGAUGAAUUUAAGUUCAAAACAGAUGUGUUACAAAUUGAUGGAUCCUUCUCCCUUUCUAUACCAGAGUUUCCUGCAGAAGAUAAAGAAACUGUUCCUUUGGGUAUUUACAUUAAAGUGAAUGAAAAAAAGAUUGACAGUAAAUUAAAUGUUAAUCUCUACAACUGCAUGUAUGGCAGAAGUGACUGCAGCCUGUGCCUUGCUGCCGAUCCUGUAUACCAGUGUGUCUGGUGUAAUGACAAAUGUGUAUACAAGGAUAUGUGUGAGGAAUCACCUGCUACUGAGUGCCCAGCUCCUAAAAUCACUGAUCUUGUGCCAAUAGCAGCACCUUUAAAGGGGGGAAUUCGCCUCACCAUAAAAGGAUCAAAUUUAGGAAUAAAACCUGCUGAUGUUGAAGAAAUAAUAGUGGCAAACACCCCGUGUACAUUUAUUGAAGAAUUGUAUUCUGUCUCCACUAGUGUUGUUUGUGAAGUUGGUGCUGUGGACGAACCUGAUUCAGGGAAAGUUAAAAUAAAGAUUAAGGAGAAGAUGGGAAUAUCGAGUCAGAUUUUUACAUACCAGGAUCCAAACCCAGAUUCUCUACACCCACUUGAAGGUAUAAUGGCUGGUGGUACUCGGUUGACAAUUAAGGGCCAAAGACUAGAAACAGGAUCCGAGAAUGAUAUCAGAGUGACCCUUGAUAGCAUACCUUGUGCCGUUAAAUCUUUUGGUGAAGAAAUUGUUUGUGAUACAGGAAUGGCUUCCAAAAAAGGAGAGGUGGCAGUAAAGCUGUUGUAUGGCGACUGCACAGAAAUAAAUGCUGGACACUUUAUAUACAAGGAAAAUCCAUCAAUUGCUCAUUUUACUCCAGACAGAAGCUUUGCCAGUGGUGGGAGACGUAUUACAAUUUCAGGGUCAGGAUUUAACCUUGUACAGAAUUUCAGAAUAAUUGCAAGACUGCAGGGAGAAGACAGUUCUUCGGUUACAGAAGAUGAAUCCAAAACUAUUUCACAGGAAGACAUCCUUGAAAAAGUAAAUGACUCUGUGAUUAUAUUCACGUCUCCACAAGUGCCAGAAAAUUACCUGACCUCUGGGGUUACAAUUGUGAUUAAAAUGGAUGGACUUGAGUCACCUCUUCAGACUAAUGAACUUUCUUUCUUGUACAUCCCGGAUCCUACAUUUGAGAACUUCACUGAUGGUAUUAAGAAGCAAGUGAAUAAUCUCAUAAAUGCUAAGGGUGAUAAUCUUAAUGCUGCAAUGACAAUUGAAGAGGCCAAAGCAUUUGUGGGUGAAGGCACCUGCAAAAUAAAUACUCUAACAUCUACUGACUUGUACUGUGUCCCCCCAGAAGAACAACCCCCACCAAAGAGGCGUCACAAAAGAGAUACAGCAAAUAACUUACCAGAGUUCAUAGUGAAAUUUGGAAAGCGUGAAUGGGUCCUGGGAAAAGUUGAAUAUGGACAAUCCCCUGCUAUUCCUCUUCACAUUAUUAUUCCUGUUGUUAUCAUUCCAAUGCUUCUAAUCAUUGGAAUUGCAGUUUACUUUUACAGGCGGAAAAGUCAACAAGCAGAGCGUGAGUAUGAAAAAGUCAAACUGCAGCUCGAGGGCUUGGAAGAGACUGUGAGAGAGCGCUGCAAGAGGGAAUUUACAGAACUAAUGAUUGAGAUGGAAGAUCAAACCAGUGAUCUCAGUGAGGCCGGCAUCCCUUUCCUAGAUUACAAAACAUACACAGACAGGGUGUUCUUCCUGUCAUCCAAAGAUGGGGAAAAAGAUGUGAUGAUAACUGGAAAGCUGGAUAUCCCAGAGGCCAGGCGGCAAACUGUAGAAGUAGCUCUGAACCAGUUCUCGAACCUUCUUAACAGUAAAUCAUUCCUUACAAUUUUCAUUCACACUCUAGAAAGCCAAAAGGACUUCUCUGCCAGAGAAAAACUCUAUUUAGCCUCCCUGCUAACUGUGGCUUUGCAUGGGAAACUGGAAUAUUACACUGAUAUCAUGAGAGCAUUAUUAAUGGAGUUAAUGGACCAAUAUGUGGCCAAAAACCCCAAGCUUCUCCUUCGCAGGUCAGAAACUGUUGUGGAGCGGAUGCUUUCAAAUUGGAUGUCCAUAUGUUUAUACCAGUAUUUGAAAGACACUGUUGGUGAGCCGUUAUACAAACUCUUCAAAGCAAUUAAACACCAAGUGGAAAAGGGCCCAGUUGAUGCUUUGCAAGCUAAAGCCAAAUACACACUCAAUGAUACAGGAUUACUAGGGGAUGAUGUUGAGUACAAACAGUUGACCGUCAACGUAAUUGUUCAAGAGGAAGGUGCAGAACCAGUACCAGUAAAAGUGCUGAACUGUGACACAAUUACCCAAGUAAAGGAGAAGAUUGUUGAUCAGGUUUACAGGAACAUUCCUUAUUCCUUACGGCCUAAGGCUGACAGUUUGGCUCUGGAAUGGAGGCCAGGGUCUACUGCACAAAUACUCUCUGAUCUGGAUUUAACAUCACAGAAAGAAGGAAGGUUGAAACGCUAUAACACACUCAUGCACUACAAUGUCAGGGAUAAUGCCACUCUCAUUCUAUCAAGAAUGGGGAUUUCUCAGCAGCAAGAGGAAAACCACCAAGACUUUCCAGGGGAAAGAAAUGCAUUGUUAGAGGAUGAAAAUAAAGCCUGGCACCUUGUCCGUCCAGCUGAUGAGGUAGAUGAAGUCAAAUCAAAGAGAGGAAGCAUGAAAGAAAAGGAAAGAACCAAAGCAAUAACAGAAAUAUAUCUAACUAGGCUGCUGUCUGUCAAGGGUACACUCCAGCAGUUUGUAGAUAACUUCUUCCAGAGUGUCCUUAAUUCCAAUCAAGUGGUACCACCAGCUGUGAAAUACUUCUUCGAUUUCCUUGAUGAGCAAGCAGAAAAAUAUGAAAUCAAAGAUGAAGAUACUGUCCACAUAUGGAAAACAAACAGUUUAUCACUAAGAUUUUGGGUGAAUAUACUGAAAAAUCCACACUUUAUUUUUGAUGUGCAUGUUCACCAAGUAGUAGAUGCUUCCUUGUCAGUCAUCGCACAGACUUUCAUGGAUGCCUGCAGCAGGACGGAGCACAAGCUUAGCAGAGAAUCUCCAAGCAACAAGCUCUUGUAUGCAAAAGAGAUCUCAACUUACAAAAAAAUGGUGGAAGACUAUUACAAGGGAAUCCGCCAGAUGGUACAAGUUAGCGACCAGGAUAUGAAUACACAUUUAGCAGAAAUUUCAAGGGCUCACACGGAGUCAUUAAAUACACUAGUAGCACUACAUCAGCUGUAUCAGUAUACAAAUAAAUACUACGAUGAGAUAAUAAACGCUCUGGAGGAGGAUCCUGCAGCCCAGCGCAUGCAGUUAGCAUAUCGGCUACAGCAAAUAGCCGCAGCACUAGAGAACAAAGUGACAGAUCUUUGACCGGAACACCCCACUUAAAACACGUUUUCAAAUUGAAGAUGUUCAGUUUUUCCUCAUAAGAGUGUUAUAUUUUUAAAAAGUUUUAUUACCUUUUUUUAAAUCCACCUGCCCGCGUAUCAUUGUAUACGCCAUGUAGAAAACUGUGCUAAAAGAGCCUUUUUUAAUAUCUCAUAUAAUUGCACAAUGAAGAGUUCAGCAUUAACAUUUUUACAUUCAUUAUGCAAACAUACAACAUUUUUAGUGUUAUUUAUAGUCGAGCAAUACAUGGAAAGAGCAAUCAUUUCAGCAUAUUAGGACUUGGAUAAACCACUCUUCCCCCUCAGCUCAUAUCUGUAAUAAUUGGACAAUGUGGUGGUUACACCACAUUUAAUUUGUAACUGCAUUUCCAUUUUCCACUAAGUGCCACAGGGGGAGAAGUAACUGCUUUUUAUUGUGGCCAGAUUUUAAUGUGGUUAAUUACUGAUGUCAACGGUACCAAAAGAAGAGGUUUAAUACAUUUAAAGCACAAAUCAAGAUUUUUUAGCUCUUCAAUUCCUUUUUUUACUCUGAAGUUUAUUUUAUAUAAAUAUACAUUCUAAUGUGCCUUAUAUGUAACAUUUUAAGAAAAGACUGAUACGUGAUUUUGUAAAGAAUACAGAAAAUUUAUUUAUGCCACUGAUUUUCUUUUUGUGAAAAAUUGUGACCAAUCUAAGUUAAUGAUGUAUGAAUACAGUAAACGUUGACAUGAUUAUGUACAAUUGUAAUGUAUCACUUGUAUUAAAAAUGUCACUGAUAUUGUUUUUGGGAGCUUAAUAUUGCAUUUGGGAGUACGAGUACGGUAUAGUAUAUAGCAUUUCUACAUUAGGACCAUGCUGUAACAUACAAUAUAGGAAAAUAUGAGGAUUUGUGGUUUUAAUUCAACAAGCAGCACCUGAUUGUAACCUUGAGAACUCCAAUAAAGAGUCUCGCAUUGCACAAUGACUGGCAUCAGGCAGAUGUUCUAUUUACAUAUAAGCAAUUAAACUCAACGGGCCUGUGACACCAGCAAAUGAAAGCCUCAUGUAUUCAUUUAAAUACAAUUGCCUCCUCGUUUUAGUAUCUUGCAUCAUAUCUAAGAAGUUAUUUUUAUCUAAAGGGAUAGUGCCAUCACAUGAUUACCUUGUUAUUUUUUUAUAAUAAAGUACAUUUUUUUGGA